UAUACUCGGUUUUGUGAUCGAGGGGUCGAUGACUCAAUCAUAAGGGAUGAUAAAUAGACUUAUUUUCGAAAAAAAUCUGUGUAAAUUGGUCCUACAAUUAUCAGGCCCAUGUAGAUUGGGCCUGCUUAGUGAAGUCUCACGUAGCCCGGCCCAGUAAAUCAGUACUAGGGUUUGCUCUGCUAUAUAACGAAGCUCUUGUUUGAGUGCGCCGCCUCUACCACCCUCCCCUCCACACCUUCUUCUUCUCCUCCUCCGGCGGCGGCGCGCGGCUCGGCGAUCCACGGCACCUUGCCGCGGCAGCCAUGGCGCACGUGAGCUUCUACCGCAACUAUGGUAAGACUUUCAAGAAGCCAAGGCGGCCAUAUGAGAAGGAGCGUCUUGAUGCUGAGCUGAAGCUGGUGGGAGAGUAUGGACUGCUCACCCUGGAUGAGAAGAACAACACCCGUCGUAUCUUCGAGGGUGAGGCGCUCCUCCGCCGCAUGAACUGCUAUGGUCUCCUUGGCGAGGGUCAGAACAAGCUUGAUUACGUGCUUGCACUCACUGUUGAGAACUUCCUCUAGCGCCGCCUCUAGACCAUCGUCUUCAAGAAUGGCAUGGCCAAGUCAAUCCACCAUGCACGUGUCCUUAUCAGGCAGCACCACAUCAGGGUGGGAAGGCAGCUCGUCAACAUUCCAUCAUUCAUUGUGAGGCUUGAGUCUGAGAAGCACAUCGCCUUCUCCCUCACCAGCCCGCUGGGCGGCAGCCCUGCUGUAAGAGUGAAGAGGAAGAACCAGAAGGCCUCGGGUGGUGGCGGUGACGGCGAGGAGGAGGAAGAGAAAGAGCUCGGCCAUAGGAACUUAAGCAACAUGAUUUGAUUGGAAGGUGAAUUGAGCUUUAGAGAAAUUUUAGAUGGUGGCAAUGGGGGUUUGUCGUUGAAAGAAUUUUGUUGUCCUAAUUCAGAGCCCUGCUUUGGGAGACAGUUUUGAAACCGUCGCUUUAUCCCUCACCGGGUGAAACAUGUGAUUGACACAUGUUUAAUUUCAAGCCUUGUGGCAUCUCCAGAACUUGAUCAAA